AUGGGGAUGUCUUACUAUUCCACAGUCUAUAUGCUUGAAUUCUUAUCCACUGAAAGAGACACCCAUAUUACAGUGUACCUAACGACAGACACAACUUCUGACCACCUAUAUCCAGAGCUCCCAUCAGAUCCACGCAUAGAUGUCCUUGGUGUCGACCACACCACCGUCACUCUAGCUUGGAAACACAGUCCCACCAUGCUGCGGUUCCAAGAAAAUGUCCAGUACUGUCUCCUAAUGAAUGAAAAACACAACUACAAGAGUUUAUGCGCAGCGGAGACAGCAAUAAGAUCAUCUGGUAUGAAAUCGCCACCAGCGUUAGCCCUGUCUCUGUCUCCAUAUUCCCCAAACCCUCAACAAGUGAUGAUAUUGUCCGAUGGUGAAUUAAGCAUAAUCAGCAAAGCUAGCAGUGGGGAGGUGCGGCAGGUAUGUGUGGGCACCAAGAACACCUACUCGGUGCCCAACCUGACUCCCAGCACCCAGUAUUAUUUCGAUGUUUUCGUGGUCAACUUCCUCACCAAUGCCAGCGCCGCCUAUACCGGAACCUUUGCCAGGACUCUGGAAGAACCUGACCCCAAAAUCACUGAGCUGAAAGAUGGGAAGGUGAUGCAUCUCGUCCUGGAUGGCAGGAAACAAAGACUCUAUAGCUUGCAGUACCGGGCUAGGCACAAGAAAGUCCAGUUUGCCUUUCAGUCUUGCAGCGGCCAAAUUGAAGUUGAAAUAUCCAGGGAUGAGAAAGUGUUGAUGUCAGAGAGCUUUGCCGGACUGAGGCAUUUCACGCUGAAAGGACGAGUGGGAGAUAUAUACUCAAUGAACCUGGGGUCCACUGAACCUUCAAAUGCAUCUGUGAAAGUUCAGGUUUCUUCUCUCUUCCACAAGCCUUUCUUCCCGGUUCUCCCGGAAAGCUUAAAAAUCAAGUCUUUCAGCAAACUGCGGACCUGUGACUCGGUCACUAUCGCCUGGCUUGGAACACAGCAAAUGAGCAAAUAUUGUGUCUACAAGAAGCAGAUCGAGGAGGACCAAGUCUGGAUGGAAACAAGGAAUGCAGACAGGUGUUUGGGACCAGAAUCCAGGCACAAAAGCCACAAAGUCUUGUGCAAAUACUUCCAUGAUCUCAAUCUGCGGCGAGCAGUAACCACGGAAACCAUCAGGGGGCUCAAGGCAGGGACCGUGUAUUUGUUUGAUGUUUAUCUCAUCGGAUCCUCUGGGAUUCCAGUCAGGUAUUACAGCAGAGUUGUAAAGACACGGAAGAAAUGUUGA